CACGUGGCAGAGAGUCCGCAGGAUUGUAUACAAUGUUCCUCAAGAGCGCGGCCGAGGUUAUAUUUUUCCCGUCAUAGGCUGGCAGCUUGUAGUUCAUCUCUUCCAGAAGUACUCUUAAGUCUUAAGUGUGGCGAAGAUUCAUCCAGGGGCACUAGUGUCAUGUAAGUAAGUCUCAGGUAACUGGACUUCCAAGACAAAAACAUUUUACCGACAUGAUUCAUUGGCGUAGCUUUAUGGUUGCUGCUUUUUUAGUGGGAACCUUUGGCCAAGUCCUGAAACAGACCAGCAAACCCAUCAUCUCUUCCAAACCUGUGUUGCUGGCCUGGAAUUUGCCAUCUCAGGGAUGCAGUUCCAACUACAGUGUGAACCUCAACCUGCAGAUGUUUGAUGUGGUGGCACCUCCUAAUAAAGUUGGUCAGCAGCUUGCCAUCUUUUACAACAGCCGGUUGGGACUCUACCCCUAUUAUAACAGCCAGAAUCAAUCAGUCAAUGGGGGGAUUCCACAGGCGGGCAGCCUGUCAAAUCACCUCGCCCAGAUGCCAGUAGGCCUGAACAAAUACAUUCCAGAUGCCCAGUCCCCUGGUCUUGCUGUGAUUGACUGGGAGUCCUGGAACCCACUGUGGAACCUUAAUUUUGGGGCAAAAGCCAUUUAUCAAACAAAUUCAAUCAAUCUGGUCAAAAGUGCAAACCCUAGCUGGAGUCAGAGUCAGCUGACACAGCAAGCGAAGCAAGACUUCGAGAAGGCAGCUCGAGAAUUCAUGCAGCAGACCCUAAUAACCGCUGAAAAUCUAUGCCCCAAUCGUCUCUGGGGUUUUUACCUCUUCCCUGACUGCUAUAACUACCUCAAUAUUGGUAACCAGCAGAGCUACACUGGCGUCUGUACCAGCAAUGGCAUAGCAGAAAGCAAUCAGCUAGGCUGGCUUUGGCAGCAGAGCACCGCUCUCUAUCCUUCCAUUUACCUGAACCAAUUGCUGGCAUCUACAGAGGGCGCCAGACAGUUUGUUCGGAACCGGGUGAAACUGGCCAUGAGCGUGGCAUCUAAUGUCAGUGGCUUGGCACGUCCAGUGUUUGUCUACUCACAGCCAGUCUAUGAGACAACGCAGCAGCUUCUAAGUCAGACAGACCUCAUCUAUACCAUCGGGGAGAGUGUGGCCCUUGGCGUGGCUGGAGUUGUUCUGUGGGGGGGCACAACAGAUGCUGCUGGACUGAGUGUCUGCAAGUUGUUCCAGAGCAACCUCCAGGGGGCGCUGGGCCAGUAUUUACUCAACGUUUCUACCGCGGCAGAACAAUGCAGCAAAACACUCUGCAAUGGUAACGGCCGCUGUGUGCGCCUCAACUCGGACAGCAACACUUACUUGCAUCUCAACCCCAACAGUUUUCAGGUGACACAGACAGGGGGCACCCUGCAGGUGAUGGGGACACUGAGUGCAGCUGACAAAGCCGGAUUCCAGGCCAACUUUCGCUGCCAGUGCUACAAUCCCUACAGUGGGACCUCCUGUUCAUUUUCUCCCAAGUCUUCUGCCAGCACUGCAUUGUGUACCAGCCUAGUCCUAGGGCUGUUCCUGCUUGUCCUGGUACCCUAGAAAAGGAUUACAGACCUCUUUGGUUCAAGACAAAGUUUCAGACGUCUUGAGUACUCCUGUCACAUAUUCACGUCAAAUUAAAAGUGAUUCAUUGAUAAGUUCCAACACUUUACAAGAGCAAGAAUAACGGACCUGGGGCUGUGGGAAAAAGUGCAAAGAAAUGCUAAAAGCUACCUCACUGUCUCUUUCUAUACCUCUUAACAACAAAGACAGAGUGACAUAUUUGGGCAACUGUGACUUUUUAUUUCUAGGCAGUAUGGCGACACACUGGAUUUGAAGCCAUGUAUGAGUGAAUGUGGGUGUGUGGAUGUGCUCUCUAGCACGCUGGUGUUUAGUUCAGAGUUUGCUCCUGCCUUGAGCUGUUUGAAGCUGUGAUGGGCUCAAGCUUCCUAGAACCACGUUGAGAAAGGCAGGUUCAAAUUUUAAUGUAUGGGUGCAAUAUAUUUUUUUUUAACCAUUUUAAUGAUUAAAAAACUGUCUAUCAUAUCAUGACACAUCUGCCAUUGCUAGGCAGAGUAGAUGGUGCUGGGUGAGUGCGGGUUAAAGCAGAGGAUUGGCACUGUCUACUUUCUUCUACAGCAGAGAUGCAAUGCCAAAUGACUUGAUUUAGGAGACCCCUGAUUAAGGUGAGUGGAAUCCCACUAGUGAUGGGGUCAGCUGCAGUAAAGGAUUGUUACACAUGCUGUGUGUCUCCUUAUAAGAUGAAUCCUGACAUCAUCAGAUGAGGCCAGUAAAUACAAAUAAAGCCUAUUUUUAUAA